AUGACUGCCACCACCCUAGACUUUUACUUUGACAUCCUGUCGCCUUAUGCUUACAUGGCCUACCAGGUAGGUUAUAGUACUAUUAAUUGGCUUAAAAUGUAAAUUUGACUUUAUUAUUGACAUUUCUUCGAUAAAUUAUAAUUUUUUUUAAGAGCAAGACAAAAAACAAUUUAAAAAAGUUUUUUGACCCACCCCUUAAUAAAAAAUAAAAUUACCCCGCCUAAAAUUUAAAAUUACAUUUUUUACUUUUUCAGUAUUUAAAAAUCACUAAAAGCAAAGUUUUCAAAAAUUUUUUAUAAAUUCCACCCCCAAACUCAAAAAAAAUUUACCCCGCCCAAAUUUUAAACUAAUUUUUUUGCUAUUCCUACUCCAUAAAAAUGCGCAACAGCUUAAAAAAACGUAUUUUACACAUUAUUUUAAAAAGUUACAGUACAUUUUCAUCUUUCAGAUUGUCCUUAACUACGAGCACCAAAUGAACGUUCAAGUCACAUAUCGACCGGUUGCAAUGGCCGCCCUUUUCAAACAGUCAAAAAAUCUUGCUCCGGGCUUUAUUGACAACAAAUUUCACUACCUAAAAAACAAAAUCCCAGCUUAUUGUCGGUAUUGGAACAUUGAGAGCUUGAGCAUUCCUACUGUAAGUUGGGUCUUCGACUUUUUUGAAAUUUUUGAAAAGUUUGUAAAAUUUUUUGAAAUUCUUGUUAAUGCUAUUUGAAGGUCAUAAAUGAAGGCAUAUUUUACAACAACUUCAUAAAUUUAGGGCGGGUAUUAAAAUAGUUACCGUAGUUUAAAGAUGGAAAAAAGCGAAUGUUUCCAAGCGGAUUCGAACUUUUUUUAAUUUUCGACUGUUUUAAAUGAGCAUAACUUUUUUAGAAAUUAAGAUAUAGACACAAAACUUUGUAGAUAUAUGCUAAUUGUUCUGCUUUUUUAAACUAUAUAACUAAAAUUUUAAAUAAUUUGCGAAAAUUUUUUCAAAUUUCAAAAAAUAUCAAGAUUUUUAAAUUUUUUUAUUUUUUGCCAUUUUUAAAAGCCUAUAACUUGACUUAAUAUCACUAUAUCAAUAUAAAACUUUAUUUAUUAAUAUAAAGUUUAUUGCUUUACAAAACGUAUAAACUAAAUUUUUUAUAAUGACUCACAUUUUUUUAAAAAAUGAGGUCAAACAUCCCAUACUAUGCCUUCAAAACGCCUAUUAUAACAUCAAAAACUCCUUUCUAAACCUUAUUUUUCAACCUUUUCAGUGGUUCCGAGAAAAAAUGGCCAAAGCCUCAUCAAUGGAAGCCCUCCGCGUUAUCACCUACAUUCAACUCUACCAUCUUGAAGAGUUUCAUACUACAGUAAACGCCUUCUACAGUCGGUUAUUCAAAGACAGCCGCACAAACUUUGUUUCCAGUGAUAUUGAUGAACUGUUGACUGAUCUCGGUUUCUCAUUGGGGUUGAAAGAAUUAUCAAAAUCCGAUGAGAUCAAGGAGGCACUGAGGUCAAACAUUAGGACAGCUUUUGAUAAUAAUGGUUUUGGAGUACCAUACAUGGUACUGAAUAGGCCUGGCGAAGAGACUCAGACCUUUUUUGGGGUGGACAGUCUGCCAAUCCUUUUUAAUGAGCUGGGCAUCUUUAGGGUUGAGUUUCCAGUGCAAUAUGCCAAAUUAUAA